CUCCCGUGGGGCCCAGCUCCGGCGGGGGGUGACGUGGGUCGGCCCCGCUGCGCCGCCGCCCACCCUCUCGGAAGGGCAAGAGGCCCGGCGAGGCCGUCGGCCGCGGGCAGCAGCUCAUCUGCACGCCUGCGGACGAUACGCCUCCCGCCGCCCCACAGAAGCCACCGCUUGGCGGGCGAAGCGCGGCAUCCCGCCCGCUGCGCUCGCGGCGCCCCCUGCUCGCGCCUCGCCGCUCCCGCCCUCCCGCCUCGCAUCCCGCGCUGCGGCCGCCAUGGAGCAGGGGGAGCCGGAGUGCGACGUCCACGCGGGACGGCCGCUGGAGCUGUUCUGCGAGGACUGCGGACUCUGCGUCUGCGCCCUCUGCCCGGCCCUGGGCUCGCACCGCGGACACCGCGCCCUCCUGCCCCACGCCAUCGGCCACAAGCAGGAACUCAUGGCAUUGUGUUCGAAGGAUCUAGAAGAUAGAAAAGAGCAAGAAGCUGGUAACAGAAGGAGCAUAGAGCAGGCUGCUAAUGAUCUGAAGGCACAUGCCAUUAUGAGCAAAAAGCAGGUGUCAGGCAGAGUGACUGAGCUCCAGUUACUACUUCGGGAAGAGGAGUGUCUGGUAAAAAAUUUCAUUGAUGAAAAGACUCAGCAAGCCCUGGAAGCACAUGAUCAGCAGUUGGAGUCCUGCCAAGAAAAGCUUGCAGCCAUGGAAACCUUGUCAGGUCGUAUCAGACAAAUACAACAGCACAGUGAUCCUGUUGAGUUGCUGGAGAAGUACACAGAAAUUGAGAAGGAAAUGCAGGAGUCCAUGCGCCUGUUAGAACAGUGGCAUCUGAUACCUCUCUCGUUUGAGCACAUACUUAACCAUUAUAAGCACUUCAUGACAGUUCUUCAGUCUGUUCUACAGAAACUACUAGAAUUGCGGCUUAAAGAAGAUGUUUUCAGUAGCCUUACUGCCACUGCAAAGAAGGAUCCUGGAACAGUGUUGAAAACCCUGUCUUCUGUUGAUCAGUUGCUUUUCUUAAAAUAUGCAAGAUCACCAACCUGGGAGUAUGACAGCCUUCACCCAAGGCUAAAGUUGUCUGAUGACCAUCUUGUAGUAAGCUGUAAUUGGAGGAGGAUAUUCUGCCCUUGUGGUCCACAGAGAUUCGAUAAAUUAUGGCAAGCCUACCCUUCCAUUGGCAGGAAAGGAGACUCUGAAACAUGUCGACUGGGCUGGACUGGAGCAUCGUGGUGCCUUAAGAAGUUUGGUUUUGAAUGCUGGGCAUUUCACAAAGGGGAGAGAAUCCCUAUCCAGCUAGAAGAUGAUCCUGAUCGUAUUGGCAUUUUUCUGGAUUAUGAAGCAGGAAUCCUUUCAUUUUACAAUGUUACUGAUGGCAUGGCUCAUUUGCACACCUUCCGCUGCAAGUUCACAGAACCAGUUUACCCAGCCUUGAGGCUCUGGGAAGGCGCCACUGGAAUAUGGAAACUAACAUAAGGAAUGAAGCAAAAUAAAACCUGCUAUGCUUUUCCUAUGAAAUUCACUUUGGCAAUGAUCUACAUGAAUGAAUCUCUGUUAUAUGAAAGUUGUAACUGUGAUGCUUUCAGAAGGUAACAGUUAAGUUCAAGAAAACCAACUAAUUUUUAAUGUGUAUGCAUUUUUCAAUGGGGGAAGGUGAUCUGGCUUUUAUUAAUGAUGUUAAUGUACCACCUAAAGUGCCAUAUAUAGUAUGUACUUUUUUUCAACUUAGAAAAUGGAAAAAGUCUGGUUGAAAGAAGCCCAUUACAAAUCAGAUUCAAACCUGGAUACUGCCAUCUUUUUUAUAAACUCUCUCCUUUCAUAUGCCUGGAGAGGCUGUAAUUGUGUAUGGUAGUAGGUUUAGUUUGGGUCAAGCUUCAAGUUUAUGUAUUGCAUAGUGUUACAGUUGACACGGUCAGAUUUGGGUAAUAAAUGCACUAAGUGAAUUAGUUCAUGCUUAAGUAUUGUCCCGGUUUCUGGCUAGGGUAAUUUUCACAAGAAGUUGGGAGGAGACACAGCCAGGAUAGCUGACUCAAACUAGCCAAAGGGGUACUCCAUAUUAAAUGACAUGCGCACCAUAUAAAGGGGGCUGGCUGGGGAGGAGCGGCGGCUCUGGGAAGGGCUUGUCAUCCGGUCAGCAAAUUGCAUUGUGUAUCACCCAUUUUCUGUAUUCUGUUAUUAUUAUCUACUGUUGUUAUUAUUUUCCUCUCCCUUUGCUGUCCUAAUAAACAGUCCUUAUCCCAAAA